AUGCAACAUCAAGAAGAUCAAAACCAGGAGGGCAGCCAAAGUCAAAGUCAAAGCCAAGGCCAAAGUCAACCCACCUACAGCCAAGCAAGCGACGACGCCAAUUUCAGUCUUCCCAACAGUCGCCGCUACGCCCAUCCCCCCCGCCACAGGAUGCCCUAUCCUCCCUCCUACCAUCGUCUCCUCACUCCACCUAACGAGGAGUACGCGACCACCUUUCAGUCGAGCAUGAUGACCGAAUCCCAGCGAUCCAUGGGCUCGGCGGCAUCGUCGUCUUCAAGACGCAGCAUCAUGUCUUCGAUCCCUACUCUGAGGAGACAGGAUGCUACUGUUGGCCAGGGCUGAGGAUGAGGAUGGACCAAG